AUGGGGAUUCUUCUUUCUUUCUUUCUUGCCUUCUCUCUCUCUCUCUCUCUUCCCUCCCUCCCUCCCUCCCUCUCCAGCAGUAGCGAGACGCGCGGACCGAAGUUUCCAAGCGCAGCAGUGGGUCAAAAGGACAGAAAGGACAGCGAUGCUGAUGCUUUACUUUUUCGUCUUGACGACACAUGGCAGGGCAAUCGUGUCAUCGGAGUCUGCAGUCUGCACGCACGCACCGGAACGGGGAGCGGAUUCCACGCGAGAAGAUCGCACGCAAUCCACGCAUUGUUACAACCCCGGAUUCGUAGUUCAUCAAUGCUAUGGAGCAGCUCAUCAAACAAGUGCGCACACCACUCUCCCAAGCGCAAGCAAGUAAGCUCUGCUCUCGUGGAUCAUGCUCCUCUGCAGCGGGCGCCGGUGGAGUCGAAUGGUGCUCUCUUGACGUCAAACCGCUCAUCAGAAAAGAGAAAAAAAAACAAGGUCUGGCUCGCGCGAAGGAAUUUGCCACGAAAGCCGCACCGCAUGCGUGUUGAGCGGGCAGGCGGCUAUCACGUAGCACAUGUCGUGAAGAGCGGAGAAGUGGUCAGCGACAGUCAGGUCCAAGCAAGUAAGGUAGGAGGUGGUCAGGUAGGUAGCAGAUACGGCAGGCGUAAGAGGUCCUCAACGUUUUGCGCGCGCGCUGAUGAAGCCUGUGAAGGCCGCAACCUAAAAGCCAGGAGGAGGCCUGCUGGGCGGGCCGGGCGCAAGAUCUGGCCAUCAGGGAUUCGAGGUACGUACUCUCACACGAGGGUGGUGUCGUCGAAGGCCCUGGCCCUUGCUCUCCGUCCAUUGUGCACCGAUCAUGUUGCGACGACGCUACGGAGUCUCGGUGCUGUGUUGACGGCGAGCGAGUGUUCCUCAACGCCCUGGAGCGAGCGCGACGGCGAGCGCGCGGCGAUGGAGGGUGUCCAGCGCGUAGUAAGUAGUACUAGCAAGAGGAAGAGGAGGAGGAGGAGGAGGAGGAGGAGGAUGUUGGUAUACCUACCCGGUGUCGAUGCCACUGGAUGCCAGAUGGUGGUGGUGCCUGAAAAGUUAGGUUGGGCUCACAGACACACUCACGCCUUUGCCGUGCUGCCGUUCGUUCUCUUUUGCCGCCCGACCUUCAACCAGCAGCAGCAGCUGGGGCCCGUCUUCGUUCCAUGCAGCCUGUCCGAGAUUGGCCCAUCCCAUCCGCAGCUUGACGUUCCCUCCUGGCGCCUCAAGGCUCAGUGGCAGACGUGCAGCCAGCCAGUCGUGCCGCCGCAUGGGAGUACUGCAUUGGAAGCAGACGGGACACACAGACACAGCACCAUCUCUCAGGUUAGGUACUGUACUGGACUGGAGCUGCAGGCUACGACGGAUAGUACUACUGUAGAAUCCUCCUACCACUCAUCGUCGCAGCAACUGGAAAGUGUAGCCAGCCUGCCAGCCAGCCUGCCUGGCCAGCCUGUCCUGCCCGCCUGUCUGCCUGUCUGUCGGCCUGUCUGCCUGGACCGGGCUGACUCACAAUCUACCCGUCUCUGCCUGGCUGGCAGUGCCUGCUGA